GUAUCACACCAUGAAGCUAUGAAACCAGAGCAGUGGUGUUGUAGGUCGGAAUCAGGCUCUUCCAUGGGACGACGAGGAAAGCACUCCAAGGAUCCAUGCACCAGAGGUUGUGACGUGGCAAGGUUUAUUCAGCCACCUUUCCAGGUAUGUGGGAGAGAACAAUAACCAUAGGAAGUGCUGGGAAGACUUUCAGUGUGACUGGCUGGAAGCUUGGCUGGUCCAUUGGUCCUAAUCACUUAAUAAAACACUUACAGACAGUUCAACAAAACAGCAUUUAUACCUGUGCAACUCCUUUACAGGUGAGGAUCCCCAAAUCAAGAAAUCCAAUAUGCCUAAAAUAUGUAUCAAGAAAUUCUUUCCAAGGCAGAAGUGCCUUGUUUUUGACUGGCCUAUCAAUGACAAAAUAUUAUUACGUCAUAUGGAGGAGGUGUCAGAAAAUGAACUAGAUUUGAAUUUCCAGGAGCAAUCCAAAAUAUUCGGUGACUAUAUCCUCACACACUCGAAAGCCAAGACCAUAAGAGAGGAAAUAAUUGUCACUGGAAAUGGGCUGGGGAUUCUGGCAAAGGCCUAUGUGGACACCAUCAACAGUGGAGCAGUGCCUUGUUUGGAGAACGCAGUGACAGCUCUGGCCCAGCAUGAGAAUUCAGUGGCCGUGCAGAAGGCAGCCGACCACGACAGUGAGCAGAUGGCCCAGCGAGUGAGGUUUCCCACAGACACGCUCCAGGAGCUGCUGGACCUGCAUGCAGCCUGUGAGAGGGAAGCCAUUGUGAUCUUCAUGAAGCGCUCUGUCGAGGAUGAUGAGCGGCCGUUCCAGGGGAAGUUAAUGGAAACUAUAAGGAGGAGGAAGGAAGAUUUCUUGCAACAGAAUGAACAUGCAUCUGUCAAAUAUUGCCAGGCUCAGCAUAAGCAAUUUAAAGAGCCCUUGAUGGAAAACAUUUCAAAAGGAACUUUCUCUGUGCCUGGAGGAUACAAUCUCUACUUAGAAGCAAUGGACAAGGUUGAACAGUCCUAUCACCUGGUGCCCAGGAAAGGAAUUAAGGCAAAUGAGGUCUUCCAGAACUUCCUGCAGUCACAGACUGCAGCAAAGGAAUCCAUCCUGCAAGCAGACAAAGCCCUCACUGCUGGGGAGAAGGAUCUAGCAGCUGAGUGUGCCAAAAAAUUGGAAGCUGAGAAGGAAUGGGAGCUGUUAAGGCAGAAACUUAAUGAAAAGCAGGAAGAAAUGAAGGCUCAAGAGAAAAGCUUUGAGGAAAACAUAGCCCAACUGAAGAAUAAGUUAGAGAGAGAUCACAAGAACAGACUGAGGGAACAGGAAGAAAUACUGAAGAAGAAGCACAAGCUCCUUACAGAACUAAGUAUUACAGCUAAUACAGAGGAAACUAAAAAGGUGGGAAAAGAGACAAGUCAACUUAAAGAAGAGAUUAAAAACAGUAAAGAAAAUUGGCAUCAACUACUGGAAAAGAUUUGUAUUGCAGCAAGUGUUGCAUUACUUUCACAUGCCCCUUCUCUGAUUGCUUCAGCAGGGCAAAUGAAACCAUUACUGAAUAUACUUAAGAAUAUUGGUAAAUGUAUUUAAAAAGUUUCUUAUGUGAUAAUAGCAUAAUACUGUAGAUCAUUUUUGAAAUCUGCAUAUCAUGUUAGUUUCAUCCAAGACAAGUUUAAAAAUAAAGAGUGUUUACCAAAGAAUAUCAGGGCCUAAUAUACCAAAAAACAAGAUUUCCUGUCAUGUUUUUUUCUACAA